AUGAACAUCAACCAGCCUAUCCAUCCCGAUAUUCUCAGAAGACUAGACGCUGAAUAUGUUGCAUUUCACUAUCGACAUCUUCAGUACAUUUUCCCUUGCGAAAAAGAGCCAUGGAGCCCGUCGUCUCGCCCGAGAUUGUCACGUAUCGUGCUAGGAGGAAUGAAGUCGGUUAAGGUCGGCUCUGUGCAGGACAAGGAUGUGGGAAACUUUCAGGCAAGGCCAAUGCUAUCCUGGUUUCAUGGCGGCGGUUGGGUCUUGGGCGGACUCGGAAAUGAAAAUGCUGUUUUAAGGCAUAUUUGCAAUUAUAUCAGAUGUGUUGUAAUCACUAUCAACUGUCGUCACGCUCCUGGGCACCCAUAUCUGGCAGCCAUCAACGACGUAGUGGUGGCCAAGGAUCUAAGUACUUACAGCUGUAGGAUAUCCAUUAGUGGCCUGUCAGCUGGCGCCAGUCUGGCGGCAAUUCUGUCCAUAAAGAUCGCUCAUCUGGGACUUACGCCAGGGCCAGUUUUCCAGCUACUACUGAGCCAUGUUAUUGACAACACGGCCACUACAGCCGGGAUCUGGUCAAGCGCCCAGCAUGCCCCAUGGCUGACUCCCUCUCGGACGACUUGGUACUGGGAUAUGUAUCUCCCCAAGCCCUCCUCUGCCUCCAACUGCGACGCCCCCAAGACAUUCACAAGGACCGGGGAAUGCGAUACCUUGGCUCCUGAGGCCCUCCAGUACACCCAAUAUCUGAGAAGCGCUGGCGUUGAAACCAAAAUUGAAAUCUACAAUGGAUUGCGCGUCGUUAACUAUGACCCCUAA